AUCAGAUGUUCAGAAGACACAAUUCUCACAAAAAAUAUUUUUAUCAGACAAUUUGUAACCUCACGUCGGGCCCCCUCGUCCAUAACAACGACCCUAGCAACGGCUUGUUUGGAGCGGAGCGUCAUGCUCUGCCGUGAUAACUUACGGGGUCGAUUGGUUUAUAAGGGCCAUGGGAGGAAUCAUGUUUUUGGUUUUGAGUUUCUAGGCUAGGUGGCGCAAGCUACCACCGGUUAUGAAGGGUAAUAGCCGUUAGCAUCUAUCCAUCCAUUCAUACAGGUCGGCCGCAUCCAGCAGUUCCUGGACGGCCGCCUCCAGCAGUUCCUGGACGGCCGCCUCCAGCAAGACCUCCCCCAACAGCCACAGGACCGUCGGCUCCAUCGAUUCUGCUGUGCACUUUCGGAGCGGCGGGAGUCGUGAGUGCGAUGAUGCCGGACGACGGAAUUUGCGACGUCAUCUUCUACACGCACGGAUUCGAGAGCAACGGCACUUUCCUGGGCACCGGUGACGAGAUGGCCUACGGCGUCUUUCUCGAAGCGGCGGGGAACUUCACCCAGACUACGUUCGGAGUGUCCAUCGGCGUAAGAAAUGCACGCGACCGCAAAACUUCCGACAUCGUAAAGGGAUGUCAAGAAGCUUGGGAUGCCAACGUGAGACACUUUGGAAUGCUGGACGUCUGGGAACUUGAGGACUACGAAGGCGCAAAAGAUAACGAAAUGAUUACGCUUUUGGACUUCAAUGGCUUUCACAAAACGAAGCGAGCGCUGUACACGGGCCCGCUCUAUAUUGCCUUCGCGGCGUCGUCGACAACUGACCAGGCCGGCACGACCAAACUCAUGAAACGCGUGCUCAAGGAUUACAAUUUCCUGAACCUGGUGGUACUCAAGAGCCACGUGUCCCAAUGGAUGAACCAAUCGUUCCUCGUGGCCGUGGGACCGAACACCAGAACCACGGCUUCCAUUCCUUCACAGCCCCUCAGCACCGUAAUCGGGCCGGGGCUGAAGACGACCAGACUAUCCAAGAAUGGCAGGCACCUGAUGAUGUCGCUUACGCUGGGCAGCGCGGGCUACCGCAUGCCGAAAAACUGGACCGGAGGUACCGCGGAACAGCCUUCGCACUACCAUCUCAUGUUCUACAUGCAGACGUGUGACGCCAACUUGGGACCCGAGAUCGAGACUGCCGACGACAUGUCGAAACGGAAGGAAAACACGGCGGUCAAGUUCAUGAUCAUGUACGACGACGCCGGUCUGCUCGCGAACAAGACGAAGCUCUUCUUGAGCAGUUACCUGAAGCCGACUUCCUCCGGAAUCGCGGCGUUCAACGUCGAAUACGACGACUUCUCUGGCGUGUGCGCCCAGGGGAGGUUUGCCAGACUCCGGGCAAUCAAGGCAGCCAUCGCGCCCCACGCGUGACUCGGUCACCGUCUUCAGGUUCCCACGGUCCACCGAAGAGAACAAAGACCGCUCGCGUACAUAACAAUUUGAUUGUGUGUCUGUGUGUGUGUGUGGGGGGGGGGGGGGGACAUUUUUAUGACCAAUGGAAACUUGCAUCUCUAUGAAUUAUGCGGCCUCAGAGUUUUCAUUGAAGGAUAACUGACAGUUUGCAAAAAGGCUCUUGGCGACGUGAGGUGCCACUCCGAUGAUUCCUGUAGGUAUAAUAAACAUAUUUAAAAAAAAAAAAA